CCCAGGUUCUCAGGAAGAUGGCUUGAAACCAGGAGUUCGAGGAUGCAGUGAGCUAUGAUCUCACCACUGCACUCCAACCUGGAUGGCAGAACAAGACCCUCCAGCCAAGACCUUCUCUGAGCUCCACCGUGGAUCUGCAUGCCUACCUGACAUGGCCCGUGGAGGCUUACGGGCACUCCACAACUCAUGCACCAAGGCAGAACCUAAAUCCUGCGGCUUGCCUCCCUUCCUGCCAGUGGUUCCUUUGUCUUUUUCUUGCUGGGCCUGAAGGCCUUGGCACCCUCCUUGCCUCCUCCCUCUCCCCAAGCCCCACAUUUAGUCAGCACAUCGCAUGGGUUUUAUUUUCAAAAUACACCCACAAUCAACACAGUUUUCACUCUCUUUACAAACACCAUCUUCAUCUGAAUUGCCACCUUCUCUCUGGGAUUAUUGUGGAGCUGCCUGACUGACCUCCUUGCGUCUCCCCUUGAGUACUUCUCUGUUCUCAACAGAGCAGCCAGAGUGUCCCAUUUAAAAUGGCUAUUAUGCCACUCAUCACAGAGUAGCUUACAGUGGUUUCCCAUUGUCCCCAGAGGAGAAACUACUCACUUGCUCUGCUCAGGCACCCUGGCCUCCUUGUGUUCCUUGAACACCCUGGGUAUGUUUCCUCCUCAGGGCCCUUGCACGUGUCUUUCCUCUGCCUGAACGAAUGCUCCUCCUCCUGAUACCCCAACAGCUGCUCUGUCACCCCAGUAAGGCCUUUCAACAUCACCCCAUUUAAAAUGGCAACCCCCAUUACUCUCUGUCCCUCUUUCCUUCUUUAUUUUGCUCCACUGUUCUUAUCACCUUCUAAUAUACUAUAUAUGGUAUGUUACUGUUUUGUUUGUAUAAUAUAUAUAGUAUACUCUGAUUUUGCUUGUAAUUUUCCUAAAUAGCGUUUUGAGAGUAGAGCAUUUGAUGUCUUGUUUGGCAAUGUAUCCGCAUUUUCAAAAUAGCACAUAGUAGGUGAUCAAAAGUAUUUGUUGAAUGAAUGAAUGCAAGCGAAGUAACUGAGGUUGGCAGGAAGUGGUGAGGCAGUGGCUGAGGGAUUGGAACCUGGGCUGAGAGUCUGGAAACGUGAGUUCUGACCUCAGCUCUACUGUUUACUAGCUGUGGACACUUGAGCAUUUCAUGUGUCAAUUUAUAAAUAUUUAUUGGGUACUCUUGAUGCUUCUAUGCGGCUCCUGGGGAUAUAGCACUCAACAUGCCUGAGUCUUUAUUCUCCUGAAGUUGGUGCUCAGUCCAGCUUUGAGACUCACAUUCCUCAUCUACAAAGUGGCGAUUUUAUAGUUACUUCUUGGCAUUGUCAGAGAUGAUGAUGAUGGUGAUGAUAGGAACAGUAACAAGAGCAGUGAUAAUAAUAGUUACAAUGAUAUGCAGUAAGUCCUCACGGAACAUCAAUAGGUUCUUGGAUACUUUGACUUUAAGCAAAAAGAAGCACUGUAUGCUGUAGGAACUUAGCUCUUGUCUGUAUUAACUAGCCUAUGGUAAAAUUGGUUUUGCUAUACAGUAUGCCAUUUGGCUUAAAGUCACAGUUUCCAUGAACCUAUUGGUGAUGUUAAGUAAGGACUUACUGAAUGGCAAUACAUAGUAAUAUGUAGUAAUAAUAGCAAUAAUAACAAUUGUAUAUUUGCUGUGUAUUUACUCUGUUGGGCACUAUGCUAAGCUUUACAUUUAUUUUCUGGUUGAAUCUUUUACAAUUCCUUAUGAAGAAGGCGUAAUAUCCCCAUUUUACAGAUGAGGAAACUGAGGCCACAGUGAUUCCAGGUGAGGUGAAGAUGUCCACCCAGACUUGCCUAACCCAAAGCACUUGCUGUCAGUGUCUAGGCUGUACAAGAAAGUGCUUCAUAAACCUGAAUACAAGAUUUCUGUGCUAAUUUAUCAUCCCUUUCUUCUUACAAAGAGAGAACUAAGAGGCAAUUACAACCAUUUCCCAGAUGGUCUAAAAGGGUACUGUCCACUACAGUAGCCAUGUAUGGCUAAACUUAAACAUUUUACAUGCUCAAAUGGCCCCAUCUGGCUAGUGGCUACCAUAUUGGACAGCUCAGAUUCUAGACCAUUUUCAUCAAUGCAGACCGUUCUACUGGAAGUUGAUUGGAAGGGGAGGAGGCAGUGGAGGGUUAGCAGAGACCAGGCCUCUGGGCCAUUCAUUUGCAAUGGCUAUUGAGGGCCUUCUAGGUGCCAGGCUCUGUCCUAAAUGCUUGAGAUACAACAGGACAAGGCAGACCAAGACCUGCCCCUGUUCUUGAGGAACCUGCAUUCUUGGAGCAGGAAAAAGGCAGGAAUCAUGUUACUAUGUGGUGUGUCCACUGGUGGUUGGGGCUGUAGAGAUGCACACAGCGGGCAGAGUGGUCUGAGAGAUGAGGGGCACUCAUGAUAUGGACAGGAUAGGGUGGGCAGGGAAGGUGCUUCAAGGAGGUGACAGCUGAGUGGAUCCCCGAAUGGAGUGGGGGAUGGGCAAGGCCUUGUUUCUGGCCAGGACUCCUACAGUUGUUCCGAGGAAGAUGGGAUGCUGUGGAUGGGCUUUGAGCAAGAAAGUGACCCACUCUCAAGUUUCCUUUCCAAGCACCCCCGUGGCAGGGGUGAGAAUAGAUGGCAGGCAGAGGGGUGAGCAGGAAAGUGGCAAGCAGGCAGGCGGGAGGCCAGGGGGCCGUGGAGGGGAGCUGGACUGGGGAGGUAAUGGUGGGCUACUGAGAGGUUGCUGGAUUGUGGAUGUUUUUUCAAGGUAGAGCCAGCGGGGUUUACUGGGAUUGGUUCUGGGUUGACAGAGAGAAAGAGAAGAAUCAAGGACAAAUCCAAGGAUUUUGGCCUGAGCCAACAGGAGAAAGGAGAUGCCACUGGCUAAUGUGCAGCAGCCUCAGGUUGGAAAUCACUGCUGUUGAUUUCGACAUGUCUCUUAGGCAUUCAAGUCUGGAUUUGAGGGGAGAAACCUGAACUAGAGAUUUACAUGGGGGAAUAGUCAGUGUGUAAAUGACCUUUAACAUCUGAGGGCCUGGAUGAGGAACUCUCGACUGGAAAAAGUACCCUGGAGCAACCCCAGGACUUUUGACUAGGAAGAGGAAAAGAUCCAACAGAGGAGGCGGAGAACAUGUGGCCUCUGUAAAAGGGAACCAGGAAUGUGAUCCAAAGGUCAAGGGUGGAGAGCAUUUCAGGAAGGGCGAAGGGGCUCACCAUGGUCAGCAGAAUAAUGGCUCCCAAAGAUGCCCACGUCUAGACCCCUGGAACCUGUGGAUAUGUUAGGUUUCAUGGCCAUGGGAAUUGACAUUAUACAAGGAAUUCAGGUUGCUGAUCAACUGAUCUUAAAAUAAGGAAUAUAUUCAGGAUUAUCUGAUGGUUCCAAUGUAACCAUCAGGGUCCUUAAAAGUGGAAGAAGCAGGCAGAGGAGAGAUCAGAAGGAGAUGUUGGAAGAAGGUCAGAGAGAUGCAACGUGAGAAGGACUCAGCUACUGCUGGCUUUGAGGAUGGAGGAAGGGGCCAUGAACUUAAGGAAUGCAGCAGUCUCUGAAAGCUGGAAAAGGAGAGGAAAUGGGUUCUCCCCUGGAGCUUCCAGAAAAGAGCACAGCCCUGCCAAUACUUUGACUUUAGUCCAUUGAGACCUGUGUCAGACUUCUGACCUCUAGAACUAUCAGAGAAUAAAUGUGUAUUGUUUUAAGCCACUACAUUUGCAGUAAUGUGUACAGCAGCCACGGGAAGCUGGAGUAAGCACGUAUCGAAUGCUGCUGGACUUGCCCUGUAUGAUUUGGCCCAAAGUGGAAUGCUGUCACUUUAAGACUGCCGUGGAAGCACCACUUGGAAUGAAAUUGGACAAGAAAAUGGAAGUCUUUAUCCCACUCUCAACUUCUGCAGCUUCUGGUGGGCCAUGGGCUCAUUCCUUAUUUGCUUUUAUACCCUCCUGGCCUAAGAAGAACUUAUUUAAAAGAGAGUCUCCUCUAACACACCGCCUGUAUGGGGACAUUUCAAGAGAAGUUCAAGGGACUUCCGAGAAUGGAGUAAUUUUUCAGAAAUGUGCACUGGUGUCCGGGCCGAGCGAAGCACAGACAGCCCACAUAUGGCUGCUUGUUAACAACACCAAGACACCCUCGUCAGCCAACCUCUCAGAGCUGCUCCUGCUGGACAGCAUCGCUGGUCUCACCAUUCAGGACUCCAUCGGAAACAGGACCUCGGAAGGAUUCCAGGCUUUUAGCAAGAAGUUUCUGCAAGCGGGAGAUGCCUUUGUUGUCAGCUACGCAGCCACGCUCCAGGCUGGAGACCUCGGGAACGGGGAAAGCCUCAAGCUUCCUGCCCAACUCACCUUUCAGAGCUCAUCACGGAACAGAACACAGCUGAAAGCACUUUUUUCCAUAACAGCAGAAGAAAACAUAACGGUUCUGCCGCACCACGGCCUCCACGCAGCAGGGUUCUUCAUUGCCUUCCUUCUCUCCCUUGUGCUGACCUGGGCUGCCCUCUUCCUCAUGGUUCGCUAUCAGUGUCUGAAGGGAAACAUGUUCACCAGACAUCGGGUUUGGCAGUAUGAGAGCAAGCUGGAACCCUUGCCAUUCACCUCAGCUGAUGGCGUGAAUGAGGACCUUUCCCUUAACGACCAAAUGAUAGACAUUCUGUCUUCCGAGGACCCUGGGAGCACGCUUCAAGCCUUAGAAGAGUUGGAGAUUGCAACCCUGAAUCGGGCAGAUGCAGAUCUGGAAGCUUGUCGAACACAAAUCAGCAAGGAUAUCAUUGCCCUUCUACUGAAAAAUCUUACCAGCAGUGGCCACCUCUCACCCCAAGUAGAGAGAAAAAUGAGUGCUGUUUUCAAAAAGCAGUUUCUGUUGCUGGAAAAUGAAAUACAAGAGGAGUACGAUCGGAAGAUGGUGGCAUUGACAGCUGAAUGUGACCUGGAAACAAGAAAGAAGAUGGAAAACCAGUACCAGAGAGAGAUGAUGGCAAUGGAGGAAGCAGAAGAGUUGCUGAAACGUGCUAGUGAGAGGUCUGCUGUAGAGUGCAACAACCUUCUGCGGACCCUCCAUGGCCUGGAACAGGAGCACUUGAGGAAGUCUCUCGCUUUGCAACAAGAAGAAGACUUUGCCAAAGCUCACAGACAGCUGGCUGUUUUCCAGAGAAACGAACUGCACAGUAUCUUUUUUACCCAGAUAAAAAGUGCUGUUUUCAAAGGAGAAUUGAAGCCAGAGGCGGCUAAAACGCUGCUGCAAAAUUAUUCUAAAAUUCAGGAGAAUGUAGAAGAGUUAAUGGACUUUUUCCAGGCUAGUAAGAGGUAUCAUCUAAGUAAAAGAUUUGGCCACAGGGAAUAUCUGGUCCAGAACCUCCAGUCAUCAGAGACCCGUGUGCAGGGCCUUCUGAGCACCGCUGCAGCCCAGCUGACUCACCUCAUUCAGAAGCACGAGAGAGCAGGGUACCUGGAUGAAGACCAAAUGGAAAUGCUGUUGGAGCGGGCUCAGACAGAAGUCUUUUCAAUCAAGCAGAAGUUGGACAAUGACUUAAAGCAGGAAAAGAAAAAGCUCCACCAAAAAUUAAUAACUAAGAGAAGACGAGAGUUGCUACAAAAGCACAGGGAGCAGCGGAGGGAGCAGUUGUCCAUCAGCGAGGCCUUCCAAGCGGUUGAGGAUGCCGGCCAGUACCUGCGCCAGUGGAGGAGCCUGAUGGAGGAGCAUGGUGCUGCCCUGGAGGAGCUGCAGGAGCAUCUGGACCAGGCCGCCCUGGACGAUCUCAGGACCCUGACCCUCUCGCUGUUUGAGAAGGCCACCGACGAGCUGCGGCGCCUGCAGAACUCAGCCAUGACCCAGGAGCUGCUCAAGCGCAGCGUGCCCUGGCUCUUCCUGCAGCAGAUCCUGGAGGAGCACGGCAAGGAGAUGGCUGCGCGGGCUGAGCAGCUGGAGGGGGAGGAGAGGGACAGGGACCAGGAGGGUGUCCAGAGCGUGAGGCAGAGACUGAAGGAUGAUGCUCCUGAGGCCGCGACAGAGGAGCAGGCGGAGUUGAGACACUGGGAGCACCUGAUAUUCAUGAAGCUCUGCUCCUCAGUCUUCUCCCUGUCUGAAGAGGAGCUGCUCAGGAUGAGACAGGAGGUCCAUGGCUGCUUUGCUCAGAUGGACAGGAGCUUGGCCCUCCCCAAAAUCCGGGCCCGAGUUCUGCUGCAGCGAUUUCAGACUGCGUGGCGAGAAGCAGAGUUCAUGAAGCUGGACCAGGCCCUGGCUGCCCCCGAGCUGCAGCAACAGUCCAAGGUGAGAAAGUCACGGUCGAAGAGUAAAAGCAAGGGAGAGCUUCUGAAGAAGUGCAUCGAAGACAAAAUUCACCUCUGUGAGGAACAGGCCUCUGAAGAUCUGGUGGAAAAGAAGGGGAAAGAGAGGCCAGGAGGCAUUGGGAGAAUUGUCCGCAGCCACACCAGCAUCGAGUGGUGGAGUUGGUGUGUCUGCCUCCAUAGCCCAGGCCUGUGGCUGGGACUGCAGGGAGCUGUUAGGAUGAGAAGGCCUUCACCUCCCAAGGUUCGAGGUGAAUUGCUGCGGGAGAGAGUGCAGCGCCUGGAGGCACAGGAGGGAGGCUUUGCACAGUCGCUUGUUGCUCUGCAGUUCCAGAAGGCGUCCCGGGUGACCGAGACCCUGUCGGCCUACACCGCCCUCCUCAGCAUCCAGGACUUGCUCCUGGAAGAGCUGAGUGCGUCUGAGAUGCUGACCAAGUCAGCCUGCACACAGAUCCUGGAGUCGCACAGCCGGGAGCUCCAGGAACUGGAGAGGAAGCUGGAGGACCAGCUGGUGCAGCAGGAGGCGGCCCAGCAGCAGCAGGCCCUGGCGAGCUGGCAGCAGUGGGUGGCCGAUGAGCCCGGGAUUCUGAACGAACCUGGGGAGGUGGAUUCUGAAAGGCAGGUCUCUACUGUCCUGCAGCAAGCCCUGAGCAAGAGCCAGACAUUACUGGAGCAACAUCAGCAGAGUUUGAGAGAAGAACAACAGAACAGUGUCGUGCUAGAAGACUUGUUGGAAAACAUGGAGGCAGACACCUUCGCAACCCUGUGCAGCCAGGAGCUGAGACUGGCAUCAUACCUGGCGAGGAUGGCCGUGGUGCCCGGGGCCACGCUUCGCCGGCUCCUGAGUGUGGUACUGCCCACAGCCUCACAGCCUCAGCUGCUGGCCCUGCUGGAUUUGGCCACCGAGAGACAUGUGGACCAUGCAGCUGAGAGCGAUGGUGGAGCGGAGCAGGCUGACGUGGGCAGGCGGAGGAAACACCAGAGCUGGUGGCAAGCCUUAGACAGCAAACUGCGAGGAGAUCUGAUAAGCAGAGGAUUAGAAAAAAUGCUGUGGGCCCGCAAGAGGAAGCAGAGCAUAUUAAAGAAGACAUGUCUCCCUCUCAGAGAGAGGAUGAUAUUCUCUGGAAAAGGAAGUUGGCCACACCUGUCACUGGAGCCCAUUGGCGAACUGGCCCCUGUACCCAUUGUAGGGGCAGAAACCAUUGAUAUAUUAAACACAGGAGAGAAGCUCUUUAUAUUCAGAAAUCCAAAGGAGCCAGAGAUCUCACUACACGUUCCUCCCAGGAAAAAGAAGAACUUUCUGAAUGCCAAAAAGGCCAUGAGGGCCUUGGGCAUGGACUAGCCCAAGGGAAAGACCCGCGGGAGCACCUGAAGACAGAAGGGAUGAUUUUCUCCUGCCCACCGGUGUUUGUGUGUUUAUAAUGUACAACUCGCAAAUAUAAAUUGCACAUGCAGAAGGCACAGACCCCCCAGCGCAUGCCGACUUGCACGGACUCGGUUUAAUCUUGUCUCAUGAAUUUCCAGAUGGCCCACUCUCUUCCAUAUCACAAGGACAUAAACACUCCUUCCUUUCAGCCCCACCUCCCCAGGGCCCUGGAGGAGACCCCCACCCUGCAAUCCACACCCCAUCCUCUGCUGCAUAAGCUAUGGGCUGUGUGGUGACAGCCAGAUUCUCUGCUCUUAUGUUUUGUAUUUGUUACAUAUUCUAUUUUUAUAAAGGGAAUUUUAAAAAAUAAAUAGCUGUUUAUUACAAAACCCA